AUGUCGAAGUCCAUGUUUCGAUCGCCCCAAGAUGACUCGUCUUCCGAAGAGUCAAGCUCUAUAUCUUCCGAAGAAGAACAGGAGAAUAGCCACACGCCCAGACAAGACGGCCAUUCCAGUUCCGCCCAGGACAUCGAACGCACCAGUAGCAGCCUCGACACUGAGUCGACAGCCGGAGAGAUUCUAGGAGGAGGAGGAGGAGGCUCUUUCUAUGGAGACCUUGGCUUUCGUGAUAUCCCUGACGUGGACGCUGAGGGCCAUGCGGCUCUCAUGACUGCGGCCUUGCUGGAACACUACUGCUUGACCAAAGCCUGUGGCAUCCUCAACGAGCAAUCUAGUAACCGUGGACAGUAUACUCUGGAGUCACCGGAAGUCAAGCUGCUAGGACGGCGCCUUUAUGCAUACCAAUCCAAGUUUUUGUCUUCUCACGGUAUCGUGGCUCCAGGUGUCGAUAACGAUAGUUGGGAGAGUACACGGCAGUACUAUCGAGAAGGACUUGAUACUAUUGGUAUGGCAGCGUUAGAUGGAUUAAACCUAAACGCUAGAGCGGUGCAGACACCCAUAGAUACCCCUCAAAACCCCUUCAUGGCCCUGGGCACCAAGGAGGAAGAUGCACAUGCUGGUGAGAAUAGGAUGUUUUCGAUGAAACAACCGACAAACAUCAGUCUCCAACGGCUAAUAACCGGUAGAGCAGAUGUUGCACAAAGUCAAAACCAGUUUACUUCUGGGCUCUUGAACCGCCUACAGCGUCAGGCCACUCCGCUUGCCCGACCCAUUAGCAUACCGUUUUUAUACUCUCAUCCGUCAGGAGUGGGAGGGUCUCGAUACGCAACGGAGUUCGAAGAAGAAGCACUGAUCGGUAGGGGCUCGUAUGGUGUGGUGUACCGAGUCAGACACCAUGUAGACGGACAGGGUUAUGCAGUGAAGAAAAUCCCACUGAGCUCCAAGAAACUACAGCAGCUGCAGGAAAGAGGCCUGAGAGAGGUUGAUAACAUUCUAAAGGAGAUUAGAACGCUAGCGAAGCUGGAACAUGUCAACGUCGUUCGCUACUACGGAGCAUGGGCAGAGUACUCGCCAACUCCUGUUACCUCUCGGUCAUCUUCCCCUCCGAAACGGCAACAAACGCUACUCAACACCCCCUAUGCCGAGUAUGACGGUAGUGCGUCUAGCUGUGGCAUCGUAUUUGAAGAGUCCGACAAUGGAGUUGUUUUCGAGGAACCAUCCGACCCAUCACCAGCGCAUGAGGAAAAGCAUGAGCCGUCUAUGGAUAGACUGUCUACCGGUGAACAGGAUAGACGAAGGGGAAGCUUCGCAACGGUCUCCUCAGAAAGAUCCAUGAAGUCGUUCGUGGCCAGUGUCGAAGAAGAUGAAACAGAUACGAUCGAUGACGAAUACGUAGAAUCCAUUCCUCGCCAGCUCAGCUUUACUUCUUCAGGCCAGAAUUCUGCAAGUGAAUCGGGACCUGAUAUUUUCAGUGACGGACUGGGCGGUGGAGGCUCAAAUAUGCAACUUGAUAGAAAGUCUAGGCCCGACACCGCUGCGCCAGUCACUUUACACAUUCAGAUGUCCCUUCAUCCACUGAGUUUAGCAAAGUACCUGGUUCCGCAAGUUGAUAGUGUUUCGCACAGCGGGCCUCGCCAUUGCUAUCAUAUCAUACCAUCUAUAAAACUACUGCUAGGAAUCCUCUCAGGGGUGGACUACCUUCAUGCAAAGGGAAUCGUUCACCGAGACUUGAAACCUGCCAAUGUGUUUUUAUCUCCCUCAGAUACAGAACAAGACACGCACUUGUGUCCGAUCUGCAGCCAUGAUGGACACGACCAGAAGACCCUCUACUCCGUUCCACGUAUCGGCGACUUUGGCUUGGUGGCGGAAUCACCUACAUACGGGAAGAGUACGAUACCAGAGGAUCUUCCUUCCAUGCCUACUCGACCCGUUGGAACAGAGUUCUACCGUCCGCCAGCUCAUUCAUUCCGCACUCAAGGUUCGGGAGACCUGCACCUGUAUGCAGACAAUUCUCUAGACAUCUAUGCUCUGGGCGUUAUCUUGUUUGAACUGUUGUAUAAGAUCGAUACUCGAAUGGAGAGACAAAUGGUCUUGUCCAAUUUGACGUGCUCUCCAAGCAACCUGCCACAGUUUGGGGAAUCUUUUCCGGGCAAGGAGGAAUGUUCUCGCCCUGCCCUACCAGCAGAUUUUACAGAUAAGAUCGUCCGCAACUGUAUCAAUCAUGGGAGGUCUAAAGGCGACGCGAACCAGGAUAAUAGCCGUUCUGCUGUAGCAAAUGAUAUUGCAAAGCGUUUGGCAAUGUGCAUAAUGGGAAUGGUGGAGCUGGAUAUCCGCCAUCGAUCAACCUGCAAGAAAGUCCGAGAAGAAUUAGAAGAGAUACGAGACCUGGCCGAGAGCUUGUGGAAGGAAUAA